UGGUAGGGAAGAAAACUAUGCUUCAAACGGCAUGAGAACGAUAGAACUUGACAACUAAUUUUAUGUUUAUGGGACUCCUUGAAGACUAACGUUAAAACAUAUACAUAAUAAACAAGGCAAGGUUCAUCAAGCCACCCCCACUAUGGACCCACUUAGGAGAAUAGCUGUGCAAGAGGAUAUGGUCCAGUACUGUCUCUUCUUGGUUCAGCCUAACCUCUCAGACACACAGGCUGACGAACUACAUCUGCAACAGCUAGUGGAGGAGAUUUUGGCAAAGGUUGCCCCUCUCCUUAUGCAGUAUAUCUGGCAACAGCAGCCAUUCAACCUCAAGUACCACACUGAGAAAGGGGGAGUUCCUGCACACAUUGGAGGAAGUGCUGUGUUUGGGGACAGCGUGGAGGAUGAGUGGUUCAUCGUAUACCUCCUGUUUCAGAUCACACAAGCCUUCCCAGAACUUGCUGCCAGGUAGAGUGGAGCACACUUUUCAACUGGGGAGUUCCUUCUGAUCGAAGCAGCAGACUAUCUUCCAAAGUGGUUGAACCCAGAGAGCAGUGAAAACAGAGUGUUCCUCCACAGGGGUGAGCUGUACAUCCUGCCCUGUCCCUCCCGCUGUAGUGGAGCUGGCCUGCCCAGGGACGCAGUGCCCAGUGUGACCCAGGCUCUGGCCCUGCUCUCCUCCCACACACAUGCCUGUCUGGCCAGCCCCAAGAACCGCACUGCUCUGGAGAAAAGACUGGAGGGAUAUCCAGAGAAGAUCCAGGCAAACCUUCAUCAUGCUCACUGCUUCCUACCCGCGGGCAUCGCUACAGUGUUGGCACAGCGACCAGACCUGGUUGCCCCGGCAGUGUCAGCUUUCUACCUGAGGGAUCCAGUAGAUCUCCAGGCCUGUCGGACAUUCCAGACCUUUCCCCCCGACACACGAGUCCUAUCCUCAGUGACGUUCACCCGUUGCCUGUACGCCCAGAUCCAGCAGCAGCAUUUCACCCCCGACCGGAGGAGUGGGUUCACCCUGCCUGCCCGCUCCCACCCCCUGUACCGUGCCCAAGAGCUGGGCAUGAAACUGGCCCAUGGCUUUGAGAUCCUGUGCUCCAAGUGCAGACAGCCAUCGUCAGAGCCUGAUGCUCCCAUCAGCUGUAACCCCUUGUGGAAAGGACUCCUGAACAGUCUGAAGAAGAAUGGUUAUUUAAAAGGGGAGCUGCAGGGCUCUGCAUACUGCAGAGUACUUCUUCAAGCAGUCAGUCACCCCAGCACACAGCUCCGGUGGCAGGGCCCCAGGUGAGGAGAUCCUUCAGCUGCUACAGAGCUGUGCUCCCUACAAUGUGGAUGAACUGAGGACAUAGGAGGCCCAUCUACCCACAGAGGACACCCAGCAGCUGGAGUGUCUGUUGGAGGAAAGGGGGAGGGGAGGAGUGGGUUUGGGCUGCUCAAAGCCCAGCCAGACCAAACCAACGCAUGAGGGAGGGGGGGGGUAGCUACCCAGGGCAUGAAGAUGGCUGUGACCCAGGGCAUGAAGAACUUCAUCAACGCAAUGUCUUCACAUGAGGGGGCUGAACUACCCUGGUGACACUGACUGUCUGUCCACACUGUUCUACUUAGCCCCGUAUGCGGUGUGCUAACAGCUAUGAGAUAAUACUGUGUAGAAUGCUAACGUAUGCUAGCUGGCUGGCUGACUGUAAUGGGUAUCAAUGUAAUUUGCCUUUGUUUAUUUUACAGGUCCCGUUCAAAUUAGCCUUUCGGGUUUGAUCCAGACUCCAUGGCCAGUGCACUGAACAGACUACUCGGAUGAGGAGUUGGACUCAGACGACCUAGAUGACGUCGAUGAGGGAGUGGAGGGUCCUUCUGGACUGCGAGGGGAUGAAGGGGCAGAUGCUUUGGAAGGUCUUAGGAAGUACAUGGACGAGAUGGACCAUGAGCUCAUGGGCACCAAAAUGGGACAGAGCUUCAACGAGCAGCAGGGCACUAAUAAAGCAGGCCCAGCAGCCAACGGCUUCCCCCCAACUCUGACCGCUGACGAUAAACACCUGCCCUCCAAUAAUGACCACUCAUGAUAAACACUGACCGCUCAUUAUGCCCUAGCAAAGAACAUCACCCAACACCUAUAUCUUACUGUCUGCACAGCCUAGAUAGACUGGCCUUUUUGUAGAGCACUUAGAAUACAUUACUUAGUCUAAUAAUAAAGCCAUCAUCUUUUUGGGACAAAGUGGAAUCAUUUUCUAAAUAUAUGAUGUUAAAUGAGGUUUCAAGGCAGUAAAAAUCAGAAAAUAUAUAUUUUUUAAACUUA